UAAGGGUUGUGUGGAUGUGGUUUAUUUUUAGUUUGCAAGUGGCCUGUGGUGGUUCUGAUGUGGACCAACAUGAGUAUGUGUAUAUUUCUGAGUAAAACCACACAGCUCUGUUUGCUGCACCAGCUGGAGAUACUGCUGACACCUGUAGAGACAUCCUAAACACAGAGAGACAGACAGGCAGCUAGUUAGGUAGCAAGAGCAGGUGCAAAACCAAAGAGAGAGAUUGGGGGGGGGGUCUGUAUUUAAAUCAUUUGCCUCUUCUUGAACGAGAUCAGACCAUUCAGCGCUCAAUCCUAACACAAGAGAUCAGCACGAUCAGUCAAUAUCCGAACACCUCAAGAUGGUGAUGAGAGACUGAAGAACUAUAAUCUUUGACAGAUGUCUGAGCAGCACCUGAGGCUGGAGAGGGAGAGAGAGAGGGAGAAAAGAGACAGAGAGAGACAGGGGCUAAAACAGCUUUGGGAUAAAGAGAAGAGCCAAUACAGUGCAGUGGCCAGUCCUUGGGUGAGAAAGAAACUGCGACAGUUGAUUAAACACAAGCAGUACCAAGCGGUGUCCAACUUCCCCACAGGAUUCAGGGCGCUGGCUCCUAUUCCAGACUUGAAGGUUCAAUAUCAACAGAACUCACCUUCACCUCAAAACUACAGAAGUGAGCAGUUGCGGAGAACAGUUUCAGAGCCCCUUCUGAAAUCGAAGCUGAGGAGGAGUGUGACUAGCAGAAAGAAUCCACUCCACCGUAAUUCAAGUGCUCCCCCUACAGACUGCCCUAGCACUCCAGUAGCUGAGUGCACUUCAGUCCCCGGUCAAUCAGACAGUAGAUUGCUAGUCUGGGACUACGGCAGAGGACUGUCUCAAAAGAGUAAAAGACAUUUGGAUUCUGCAAAGAUAGAGAACAGACCUAUGGCAUCUCCUCAACAAAUGUAUAUCUCACAUGGUCAGGAGGCUAUGGUGGAGGCUUUCCCCUCAACUGUACAACCAGUUUUUUUCCUGAACAGCACUGGAUUCCUGCAGACUCCAGUCCUCAGCAGUCCUCACACACCAGUUCAGCAAGUACAUAUGGUGAUGAGGCAGCAUAGGCCACUGACCAGAACCCAGUCACAGCCCUUAAUUCAGUGGGACCAUUACCCAGAGACCCAGCAUAUGUACCGGUCUUACAGUAGCAGACGACACAGGAGGUCUAGGCACAUACAAGAGGUGCUGAUCCAGCCUAGAAUGCACCAGGCCUUGGCAGGACAGCAGGACCAGAACAAAGAUGAGCAACCAGAGAGAGAGAAGGCCACAAGGAGAGAAAAAUGGAGAUGUAGUUGUAGGGAUGGAGACAGACCGCCAGUGACUCUGAAUAGCAAGAUAGCAGUUGAACUGGUGUCUAGUAAAGAAUGCGGACAAAUCAGCAGUGAGCAGGACAAGGUGACCAACAUAUCAUUCACACCUCCCAUCUCUCAGCACUUAGAUCAAAUGUCAGCACAGGAGAUGAAGGCUGGAUCCCCCCUGCCUCUGAUAUGCAUCGAGCCCUCUCCUACCACAGAGUUGCACUUCACAGGUUUGAUGUAUGACUCACAGAUGAUGAAGCAACGUUGUUCCUGGGAUCUUAGUGGUCUUCACCCUGAGUAUAACAACACUGUGUGGACAAGAUUGCAGGAUUCAGGUCUCAGUAAACAGUGUAAGUUGAUCCCAGCAAGAAAAGCCACUAUUGAGGAAAUCCAGGUUCCUCAAGAGAUCCAUCCUUUUCCUUAUGGAACAAAUCCUCUGAGUCGUCUGCACCUGAAUGCAGCAAGGAUGGCAGCGGGCUGUGUGACGGAGCUGGCACUGCGUGUGGCACUGGGAGAACUGAGGAAUGGUUUUGCAAUAGUUAAACCACAUGGACACGCUAUGUCAAACUACGAGGCAGUCGGUUUCUCUAGUUCAGUAGCGAUUGCUGCUAAGCAGCUCCAGCAGAGACUCUGUGACAAAAAGAUUCUAAUUGUUAACUGGGAUGUUCAUCAUGGUAACAUCACUCAGAACAUUUUCUACACAGACCCAAAAGUUCUCUGCAUCUCAUUGCACCGCUGUGAUCUUAGCUCUGGAGGAGGAGAGCCCACUGAAGUGGGCUCGGGUGAAGGAAAGGGCUUCAAUGUUAAUGUGGCAUGGUCAAGUGGACUGGAUCCUCCAAUAGGAGAUGCAGAAUACCUGGCUGCGUUUAGGAGUGUGGUAAUCCCCAUUGCAGAGGAGUUUUCCCCUGAUGUGAUUCUGGUGUCCUCUCAGUUUAAUGCUGUUAAAGGUCACCCAACCUCUAAAGGAGGACACAGCGUGUCUGCUAAAUGUUUUGGAGUGCUGACACAGAAGCUGAUGGAUUUAGCCAGAGGUCGGGUGGUCCUGGCUGUGGAGGGAGGUCAUGACCUUACGCCCACAUGUGAUGCAUCUGAGGCAUGCGUCAACGCUCUACUGGAAAACAAGGUUGAAUCUCUGUCUCAUGAUGUGCUGAUGCAGAGACCUUGUGCUGAGGCUUUUAAGUCCCUGCAGACAGUGCUGCACAUCCACAGAAAGUAUUGGAGCUCACUGAAGUCUGUAGAUGAUAUGUUAUCUCAGUCAUUGCUGCAGGCUGAGAGGAGAUCUUCUACAGACAGUGAUGCUGCCUUAGCACUGGCCUCUCUCAGCAUGACUGGACCGAACACAACCAGAGAGCUUGACUCUGAUGGCCUGUUUUCCUGCCGCCGCAUUCAAAACGAGCCCAUGGAGCAUGACGAGAAUGAGACUAUGUGAUACAGAAAGACGGAUGAUAAAAACUUCUCCCUUAGUAAAGCGAAAACAAGACAACUGGAGAAAAGUCACAAGACCUUUCAGCUUUACUUAACUUCUUGAACACAGCUCUGGAGACACACAGUGUUUUUACACCAAUCAGUAUCACAGUUUGUACUAAUAUUAAGCAAAGUUUCCAGUGUUGUACAUAAGUCACCUAAAUGAUACUAAUGUGUUUCAUAUACAUAUAUUUUGGGCAUAUCACACAUUUAGAUGAACAAAUAUUACUCCUUGUUUAUGACUUUAAAAGCACAAUAAGUCAAGGUUUGUGCUCAGGGCAAGUGAUCAGGUUCCAACUGGCCAGAAGCAUCAGUGUUAAAGCUGAUCUGCAGUGUAUUUAGAAGAACACUUUUGGAAAACUAUCACAUUUUUAAACCUUAAACUAAAAAACCUGAUAAAGUUUAUAAGGUUUGGCAGCUCUGAGGCAAAAUGUAACAAUGAAUCUAUUGCAUCUAGAUUCUGGAGGAACGUAAUUUAGAGACAAUUUCUGCAGCAGACAUGUCAAUACAAUAGAGUACUGAUGUCCUUAUCAAGAGCAAAACAAACUUUUAUUAAAUGUGUUUGCACUGA